AUGUAUCUCAUUCAACUGGCAAUUGACUAUGCCGCUCCUGUGUUUCUCAUCUCAUCUCCUCUUACCUCAUACCUCGACCAGAUUCUCAGCAUCCAUCGCUCGAGGAGCUCGGCGGGUUUCUCAUUGGACAUUCCUCUGAUUAUGCUAGUCGCGUCAAUCUUGAAGGUCUUCUACUGGUUCGGAGAGUACUAUUCUAAAGCCCUUCUGGCGCAAGCGAUGGUUAUGAUCGUAGUGCAAUCGGCAUUACUCAAGGUUGCACUGGACAACCGGCCUGCCACUGGAGCAAAGAACGGCAUUGAACACACCCCAUUUAGCAGCGGCAACAACGGUGGCCUGACGCGGCCCUACGACUUUUGGCAGUGGAAGAGCACAAAACCGUACUGGAUGUUUCUCUCCUACUUCGUCGUCGCUCUGUUCGUGCUUCAUCUCACCCCGAUCUCUGACUCCCCCUUUUACAUCAACCUGCUGGGCUACAUCGGUCUCGCCGUUGAGGCUAUUCUCCCCAUCCCACAAAUCUUGGCCAACCACCGCUCUGGCUCCUGCAAAGGCUUCCGUGUCUCUGUCUUGGCCUCUUGGUUGAUCGGUGACUCGAUGAAGAUGAGCUUCUUUUUCUGCAGCACGGAGACUAUCCCUUGGGCAUUCAAGCUCUGCGGUAUGUUCCAGUGCGUCUGUGAUUGCUACCUGGGCUUGCAGUACUGGAUGUUCACUCGGAACUCCGUUCGCGUUGCAGGCAGCUCCCAGGAGCAAGAAGGGCGCUGGGGCGCCGGCGAGAAAGAUAUUCGCAUGACCUAA